CGCUCACCCGCGCGUAUAUAUAUAAAAUCUUCAUUGCUCGAAACCCCUUUUCUUCCCCUUUCUGCUUCUUUUCUUUUUUCAUUUCCAUUCCAUUCUCUCGUCACUUUAGAAUUUUCCCAUACACACAUUUUUUGCAUCAAACAAAAUCAAGGAAUAGCACAGGCCCUCGCUACUAACUUUUUACUUUAUUCAGAACCAUUUCAUUUAUUGCGUCCGCGUAAGAAACUAUAUAGCUUCAGCUCAAAAUAAACAACAAAUAACAUACCAAUAAGCAUUUUCAAGCAUGUCUGCUCUCAUCAAGAUUCAGUCAUCCGACGGUAAGGAGGUUCAGGUUGAGAAGGCCGUAGCCAUCCAGAGCAUUCUCAUUAAGAACUUGCUCGAGGACUUGGGUGAGAACGACGCCCCCAUCCCCCUGCCCAACGUUACCGGAAAGGUGCUCGACAAAGUCAUUGAGUACUGCACCCACCACGUUGACGACCCACCCGCCCUCAACGACGACUACGAAGAUGCUCCAAAGCGCUCCGACGACAUUGCCCCCUGGGACGAGAAGUUCAUUGCUGUCGACCAGGAACUCUUGUUCGAGAUUCUGCUUGCCUCCAACUACAUGGACAUCAAGCCCCUGUUGGACCUCGGCUGCAAGACCGUUGCCAACAUGAUCCGGAACAAGUCCGCCGUAGAGAUCCGCAAGAUGUUCAACAUUGUCGAGGACUUUACUGAGGAGGAGAAGGAGCAGAUCCGGAAGGAGAACGAGUGGGCUCAGGACCAGUAAAAUUUUCUUUUUGCAUUUUUGCCUUUUUAGUGUACUUUGGGUUGGUAAAAUAUAAUAAUACCUGCUGUUUUUUUCUAUGAAUUUUAUUUUAUUUAUUAUUGCAAAGUU